AUGCCACCAUCCAAUCCCCACGUCAACGCCGACUCGCUCUCCGCGGCCCUUGCGCCAUUUGUGACGAGUCAUGAGCAGCUCGACAAGCUCACCGGCCUCCUCACAGACUACCUCCCGUCGGAGCUCCCGGGCGCUGGACCGACGCCAAGGAACAAGCAACGCAAGAAGAAUCUCACUUCUCGGUUGCACACCCUAUUGGUGGGUGUGGCGCUAGAGGAUGCGAAUGAUACUGUCGAGUGGGUGACUCAGUGUGACACCCGCGACGAGCUGCGCCCUCUGCUCGAGGGCCUCGCAGCGCAGGCCGCGCUCCCGAUGUGCGAGACUGAGCUGCCGCCGCCGCCGAGGCCGGCACCCUCGUCGUCGUCGGCAUCAUCAUCGUCGUCUAUGUUGUGUGUGGCAAUAUUGACUGUCAUUGGUUUCCUCGCUAUCUGCGCCCUCGUGGUCUCAACCGUCACUGUGGGCGGACGACAGGCGCGGAGCCGGGCUGAUGUGGUUGAUCCUGCCAUCGCCAGCUUUCUCUCGCAGCAUCCGGACUACGAGGCUGUGGCAGCUCGUGUCCGCGAAACGCUCCUUGCGCAUCGCGGCACGCCGACGCUCUCGAUCCACCUCGCGGUGGUGGAUGCUGCGGGGCUUGAGGUGGCACGGGCGCUGGCGGCAGAGCUUGUGGACCACAUUCACUACAUGCGGCAUCCAAACUCUGCUUCAGGCACGGCGGGAAGCUGCCGCAAAGACGGCGGGCUGCUCUCGAUGUGCCGGAUGGUCGUGGUGGCGCCAUCGGGAGAGGGACGAAGUGUGCUGGGUCAGGUUGCGGACGCACUCACCCUCCAUGAGCGGACAGUGUUUCUGUUUGAUAUGACAACGGGCGGCUUUGAGCCGUUUGACGUCAACUCGCUUGCAGGAACGCUCCUCGACGACUCGCUGCCGUACAUCCGCGGCGAGGGCGGAGUGCGGAUUCCGUCGUCGCACGCGGUUGUGGUGAUGGUGUCGCUGCUGGACGAGGCUGGCGGGCCAGAGUUUUACGACGAGGUCGAGGCGGCGUUUGCGGCCGGGCACGCGCCAGUCCAUCGUGCAGCCGACUAUGUUGUGAAGGAGCGGAUGCGGCGGGUGCUGGGGUGGGACGACCGGAUUGUGCACCGGCUCUCACUUUCGAUUCCUGUUGUGACGUCGGAUCACGGACCCCUUUUCAACAUGCGUGAGUGCAUCUCGAUCCACAUUGGCCAGGCUGGCGUCCAGAUUGGUAACGCCUGCUGGGAGCUCUACUGCCUUGAGCACGGCAUUCAGCCGGAUGGCCAGAUGCCUUCGGACAAGACCAUCGGUGGUGGUGACGACGCUUUCAACACGUUCUUCUCGGAGACCGGCGCUGGCAAGCACGUCCCGCGCGCUGUGUUUGUUGACCUCGAGCCGACUGUGAUCGACGAGGUCCGCACCGGCACCUACCGCCAGCUCUUCCACCCGGAGCAGCUGAUCACCGGCAAGGAGGAUGCCGCCAACAACUACGCUCGUGGCCACUACACCAUCGGCAAGGAGAUUGUUGACCUCGUCCUCGACCGCAUCCGCAAGCUUGCGGACAACUGCACUGGUCUCCAGGGCUUCCUCAUGUUCCACGCCUUCGGUGGUGGUACCGGCUCCGGCUUUGGCUCGCUCCUCAUGGAGCGCCUGUCCGUCGACUACGGCAAGAAGUCGAAGCUCGAGUUCACCAUCUACCCCGCCCCGCAGAUCUCGACCGCGGUUGUGGAGCCGUACAACACGAUUCUGUCGACCCACACCAUGCUCGAGCACUCCGACUGCGCGUUCAUGGUCGAUAACGAGGCCCUGUACGACAUCUGCCGUCGCAACCUCGACAUCGAGCGCCCGACGUACACCAACCUGAACCGUCUCAUUGGCCAGAUCGUUUCGUCGAUCACUGCCUCGCUCCGGUUCGAUGGUGCCCUCAACGUCGAUCUCACCGAGUUCCAGACCAACCUCGUCCCGUACCCGCGUAUCCAUUUCCCGAUGGCCACCUACGCGCCGGUCAUCUCGGCCGAGAAGGCCUACCACGAGCAGCUGUCCGUGGCUGAGAUCACCAACGCGGUGUUCGAGCCCGCGAACCAGAUGGUCAAGUGCGACCCGCGCCACGGCAAGUACAUGGCGUGCUGCAUGCUCUACCGUGGUGACGUUGUCCCCAAGGACGUCAACGCCGCCAUCGCCACCAUCAAGACCAAGCGCACCAUCCAGUUCGUGGACUGGUGCCCGACUGGCUUCAAGGUCGGCAUCAACUACCAGCCGCCGACCGUCGUGCCGGGCGGUGACCUCGCCAAGGUCCAGCGCGCUGUCUGCAUGCUCUCCAACACCACCGCCAUCGCGGAGGCCUGGGCUCGCAUCGACCACAAGUUCGACCUCAUGUACGCCAAGCGUGCCUUUGUCCACUGGUACGUCGGUGAGGGCAUGGAGGAGGGUGAGUUCUCCGAGGCCCGUGAGGACCUUGCCGCCCUCGAGAAGGAUUACGAGGAGGUCGGUGUCGACUCCAUCGAGGGUGAGGACGAGGACCUCGACUACGUCGAGGAGUACUAA